AUGACGUUGGACGUACUCAAGCACUACAACUCCUGGGAGAAGCACGCCAUGGACUUUGUCUUCCGCGCACCGACGUUCCUGAAGCUGGUUCUGCCGGUUGCUUUUGCCAACUACCCAUACGCUCACUACGCCACUGAUGUCAAUUUCCAACGUUCCAAGCUUCGGGCUGGUCGACAAGGUGAAGCGAUUCCAUCCUUCAGCGCGAAGCAUAAGAUGAACCGUCUAAAGAUCGAAGCAACGAUGUCUCCUCAAGGGUUGCCGGUGAACGUAAGUGAUGCUAACCGUAGAGCCAUGACCGACUUGAUGAUCAUGCGAUCAUGUAUGGAGCAGCACUUCCAAGCGCCCAAAAAGACCAAUCAAGAGCUCAACACCAUUGACCAUGGCGAGCAAGUUCAUUCACAUCCAUCGAUGUGGGCUGCUCUUGUCGUCGAGGGGAACUACGUAGCCAUGGUUGACAUCCAGGCCAUUAACCUGAAGCAAAACCCGUCUCGUAGAAUUCUCGACACUGAAGACGUAGUGCGAAACCGCCGGGUAUCAUCAGACCGAGUGAUUGUUGAGAAUUUCUUCAGUUGA